CUGCCGCAUUCGCGUUCGAUAGAUGAAGACUGUAUGUCGUUUAAACGCUGAACUGUAUAUAUGCGUCAUCCAUCCUUUAUUUCCGACUUGUGGCUUCAGAAUUUACAGAAAACGCAAAAACAUCGCCCACGACCCAGUGAUACAGGGUUGAUGUUGAAAAGUAUUAUAAUGCCGAUCAUGUGCUGCCAUACCUGGGCUGUUUACAUCUAACACCCAUAUACCGCUGUUUUGAAAAUUCACUUUGCUUAGUUCAUUUUAGUAUUAGAUCUUCAUUUUACUGAACGAAUGUAGGAGGUGCGCGGUGUUCCGGAAUAAAGUAUAUCUAAACUUGAAUUUAAAUUACUGUAAUUCUAAAUUUCAUUUAAUAAACGAUUCAGAAACUUUUCGCAUAGGAUAUACCAAAUAAUUUUGUUAUGUAUGUAACUGAAAAUUGUUAUGUUUUAGUUGCUUGAGAGAGACAGCUGUUUAUUGGAUGAUCCAGCAGUAAUGAAGCCUAGAACGUGUAGUUUAUUAGGACUGUUAUUGUAGACGUAAUGGACAAUUCAUACUACACACGGAUGUAUCGGGGUGGUCGGAGGAGUAGCACAGAAACGUACACAUCCAGCAGUGAAACAAAUUCCGAGUCAUCCGACUAUGAGUAUCGAAUAACGAAAAGGUUUGACGAUAUACGUAAUUAUUCCAGUUCAACAUCAUCCGACGAAUCCAGCGAUUGUAGUUCGUCCAGUUACGAGUACAGUUGGAGAGAAGCAAAGAAGAAAUCUAAAGAUUAUGAAUAUGUAUGGACAGAAGCUAAGGCGGUUAUACCAUCAAUUACUGCAAUACCAUGUACGGUGGAUAUAAACGGCACAAAGUUACCAGCUGUCAAAGGAAGUCGCUACACAUUAGUUCCAUUAAAGGCCGUUCUUGUAAUUCUGUUCCCAAACAAUACUCCGGAUGAUCUAGAAGAGGGUUUGAGGAUUCUUGAUAUUCAUCAGCUCACUAAAUCUGAAGCCGGAAAAACUGACUGA